CAGCGGUGAACUUUAAACACAGCGGUUUGUCGGAGGAGGAGGAGCGGCUCCCAUGACACAUUCCGAUCGGAUUCUUGCUCUGCUCGCCGACCUGAAGGACGCGAUCAUGGGCAGCACCCUGAUCAAGUGCGCCGCCACCGACCUGAGCAUCCAGUGGGCCGGCUGGGCUCUGGCCGCAGCCUUCAGAACCGAGAAGUUCUAUGAUUUGGCAGGAUCGGGCACCUUUAUACUCCUCGCCCACCUUAGUCGUGUCUGGGGAGGAGCGAGUCAUGUCCGCCAAAAGGUGCAGACUGGUUUGGUGACCGCGUGGGGACUCAGGCUGGGGACAUUCCUCUUCAUGCGGAUCCUGAAGGACGGCCAGGAUCGCAGGUUCAACAAUGUCAGAGACAGCCCAGGGACUUUCUUUAUAUAUUGGACGGUUCAAGCCAUGUGGGUAUUUAUGACGCUCCUGCCCACACUCAUGCUGAACAUUGAGAAGCGGGACGUGCCUCUGGGCGCGAGGGACUACAUUGGCUGGACUGUUUGGGGCCUCGGCUUUGCUACCGAAGCCAUUGCCGACCAGCAGAAAUUGCUUUUCAAGCGUGACCCGGAUAACGUUGGGAAAUUCAUCCAGAGUGGACUAUGAGCGUACAGCAGGCAUCCAAACUAUUUUGGGGAGAUCCUGCAGUGGUCAGGGCUGUGGCUCUCGGCCUCGUCAGUGAUGGAGGGCCCUCAGUAUCUGAGCGUGGCGUCGCCUCUCUUCCUCUGGUUCCUAUUGCGCUACGUCAGCGGAAUCCCCAUCCUGGAGAAGCAGGCCGUCAGGAAGUGGGGCUCGGACCCGGGCUUCCAAGACUACGUCAAGAACACUCCCCUUCUCUGGCCGUGGCCGAAAUUUUGAUAUUGUUGUACCAAUAAAUGCCUGACAAAGUUACCAUGUAGACUUUCAAUAAAGUCUAGUUAUUCUGUAUAAUAAAUUGACCUCAUCUUUA